AGUGUUUUUUUCUUGGAAGAUCCUCCAGUGCAACUCUAUGGCCAACUUCCCCCACAAAUUCUCAGGCGAACCUAAAGAGAACAUAUUAAUCAAAUCCACGAAUAAUCAGAUCUUCAAAAGUCAAAGCCACAAAUUGGAGCGCUGACUGUAAUAUAUUCAUAUCAAUUUCACUGUUCAUUUAAAUUAGAUUGCUUAUUCAUGAAGCAGUUUAAAAAAAAAAUAAGCACACAUACACACCCCAUAUUUCUGCAUGUUAAGCAACACCUGCUGCAAUUCCCCUCUUCUGCACAGCUAUUAAAGGGACAGGAGUCUGCUUCAGUUUUCACUCUGGGAACCUAUCUGUCCUCCUGCUCCUUACGAAAGGGCUUUGGUGGACUUUGUAUUCAGUAAGCCAUCAUCGUAAUUGGAGUGUUCAGUGUAUCCUUAGGCGAUUCUGAAUGAAUCCUGACAUGAUUGCUUCCUCCUUGACCCUGGGAGGCACCACAACAUGGCUGGUGGCAGUGCUGGGAACCUUCAUGGUGACUAUGCUUGGGGCAGCACACAAACUGGGACUGAUCUAUCAGCUUUGGUAUCAGGUGGACUCUAAGAGCACUCGACAUGGUGGGGAGAUUGUGGCAGAAGUUCUGAAAGCCCAUGGUGUUCGCUUUGUGUUCACCCUGGUUGGGGGACAUAUCUCACCCAUUUUGGUGGCCAGCGAGAAGCUGGGCAUUCGUGUGGUGGACACAAGACAUGAGGCAACAGCUGUAUUUGCAGCAGAUGCAGUGGCCAGGCUCUCAGGGACAGUGGGAGUAGCUGCUGUGACAGCAGGACCUGGAGUGACAAACACUAUAACGGCUGUGAAAAAUGCCCAAAUGGCAGAGUCUCCAGUGUUGUUGAUUGGAGGGGCAGCAGCUACAUUGCAGAAGGGCCGAGGGGCUCUCCAGGAUAUUGACCAAUUGUCUCUCUUGAAGCCGCUAUGCAAAUUUUGUGCUUCAGUGAAGACAGUCCGAGAUAUAACUCCUGUGCUGCGAAAGGCUAUUGCCAUUGCCCAGUGUGAUACCCCAGGUCCUGUAUUUGUGGAGUUUCCUUUGGAUGUUUUGUACCCCUAUCAUCUGAUUGAGAGAGAGCUGAUCAAGAAAACAUCUUCUAAGGGUCUUGUGGGAAAGUUCAUUAACUGGUACCUGCGCUGUUAUUUGGGGAACCUCUUUGCUGGAGCUUGGGAGGUGCAAGACCUUUCACCUCUGCCAGUGAAGAUUCAAAAGGCCACAAAGAAAGAAGUGCAACAGUGUGUAGAGCUUAUCAGCCGGGCUAAGAAGCCAGUCAUCCUUCUUGGCAGCCAGGUGACCCUGCCUCCAACCCCAGUAAAGAAACUCAGAGAUUCUUUAGAAGAACUAGGGAUUCCAUGCUUCCUGGGAGGCAUGGCCCGUGGCAUGCUGGGAAAGAAUAGUCCUCUGCACAUCCGUCAGAACCGCCGCGAGGCACUCAAGGAGGCAGAUGUGGUCAUUCUGGCAGGCACAGUUUGUGAUUUUCGUCUGUCCUACGGGCGAAUCUUGAGCAAGGGCAGUAAAAUAAUUGCUGUCAACAGGAAUCCGGAACAACUGCUGAAAAAUGCACACGUAUUCUGGAAGCCCCACAUUGCCAUAAAGGGGGAUGCUGGCUCAUUCCUGGUGCACUUGAGCCAAGAGCUUAAUGGCUAUUCGUGUUCCCGUGACUGGGUAAUAAGUCUGAAGGAGAGUGAUAACAUGAAGGAGAAAGAAAACAGAGUAAAAGCAGAAGAACUGACAGACCACCACCUCAACCCACUGAAGCUGUUGCACCACGUGGAUUGCUUGCUUCCUGAAGACAGCUUUCUAAUUGCAGAUGGAGGUGAUUUCGUGGGAAGUGCUGCUUACAUUAUAAAGCCUAGGGGUCCACUAUGCUGGCUUGAUCCAGGAGCCUUUGGGACCUUGGGAGUUGGUGGAGGCUUUGCCUUAGGAGCCAAGCUCUGCAGGCCAGAGUCAGAGGUCUGGAUCCUGUAUGGUGAUGGCUCUCUUGGCUUCAGUAUAAUGGAAUUUGACACCUUCGUACGACAUAAGACACCAGUCAUUGCCCUGGUAGGGAAUGAUGCCUGUUGGAGCCAGAUCUCACGGGAACAAGUGCCUUUGCUGGGUAGCAAUGUAGCCUGUGGCCUGGAUUACCUGGAUUACCAUGUGGUAGCAGACGGUUUAGGAGGCAAAGGUUUCCUGCUCAAUCGACAGAAUGAGGACCAAAUGGAUGACAUCAUAAGGACAGCACAAUCUGCAUGCAGAAGUGGAAAGCCCAUCCUCCUCAAUGCUCUCAUUGGGAAAACAAACUUCCGUGAAGGCUCCAUCUCUGUUUAAGGACUUGGCUGAAGCUGCAGCACAUGGAGUCUGACAAGAGAGCAGAACUUGUGCUUGCCUGAGAGAUCUGGCUCAGAUAAACUGAUCCCAAACAAGGGCAUAGGUCAGCACAAAGCUUUACUUUUUGUUGGUUCUCCUGUGGGCCAGGAUUUUUAACUCUAGUCUUGCUUUAGCAGGCUUGUUUGGGAUCCUUCUGCAAAUACACCAUUUCUUUAGUUUUUAACUGAGCCAUCGUGUUGAUAUCUAUGCUUGUGCUGGCCUGUGUUGCACUGUGUUUUGUUUAUUUCUGAAAGCAAUUUCAUUCUUUGGGUUUAUGUCUAACAUGGUUUAUGUCUAACACUGAUUACCUGAUAUUUUUACUUGUGUCCAUCAAGGACAAAGACCACAACCUUCCCCAGCCUGCCAAGCACAUGUGUCCCCAUCUGAAGAUUCAGAGAGUAUUUUUCUACACAUAUGGAUAGCGGACACUUAACACAGGCACAGCAGUAAACAUACUGUUUGGUUCACAACUGAAAUUGACACCUUGUGCCCUUCUCUCCCCCCCCCCCCCCCUUCAUCAGAUUGGGUGCUCUGUCCUCUUCUUUGGGACCGCAGAAGGAUUUUCUUUUAGCAUUCCUGGCCCUUAAAGUGCCCUUCUCAUUCUGUUGCAUACAUGUGACCAGCUGCUUGUGCUCAUUCAGCAGCACAGGGUGAGAGCCGAUGUAAGACACUUUGUCAGCACAGCCUUCUGAACCUCAUACUUACAUUCUUUAGGUGAGUUUGGGUCUGUGGUUUUACUCUUCUCUCUCCCCUACUUUCAUGUCUCAGAAACUGCUCAGUUUGUGAUUGAUAGGUUGAAGGUCUUAGGCCUAUAAACAAUCCUAGCCUUGGACCCUCCCCUAACCCUAAGUCUAGGACUUUUCUCCCUUUUAGCAAACAUGCUACAGCAGAGAAAAACUGGGGAAAUGGCCAAAAGUUUGGCUCAGUGUCUUUGUUUCUGUUUUUCAGAAGCCACUGUGCAACCUUUUGCAGUGCAAAUAAUAAAGGGAUGAAUUUUU